UGACGGGCCCGGCGGCAGCGGCGGCGGCCGCGGCGUCUUUAGCGGCGCCCAGUGCAGGAUGGUGCUGGAGGCGGCGGCGGCCGUGGUGGCGGCGGCGUCCUUGGCGGCAGCGGGAGGGGGUGCUGUGGCGGCGGCGGCGCCCGCGGGUGGUAUAAAAUGGCGGAUUUCGAGGAGUUGAGGAAUAUGGUUUCUAGUUUUAGGGUUUCUGAACUACAAGUGUUACUAGGCUUCGCUGGACGGAAUAAAAGUGGACGCAAACAUGACCUCCUGAUGAGGGCGUUGCAUUUGUUGAAGAGUGGCUGCAGCCCUGCGGUUCAGAUUAAAAUCCGAGAAUUGUAUAGACGCCGAUACCCAAGGACUCUUGAAGGACUGUCUGAUUUAUCCACAAUCAAAUCAUCAGUUUUCAAUUUGGAUGGUAGCUCGUCACCUGUAGAACCUGACUUGGCCGUGGCUGGAAUCCACUCGUUGCCUUCCACUUCAGUUACACCUCACUCACCGUCCUCUCCUGUUGGUUCUGUGCUGCUUCAAGAUACUAAGCCCACAUUUGAGAUGCAGCAGCCAUCUCCCCCAAUUCCUCCUGUCCAUCCUGAUGUGCAGUUAAAAAACUUGCCCUUUUAUGAUGUCCUUGAUGUUCUCAUCAAGCCCACAAGUUUAGUUCAAAGCAGUAUUCAACGAUUUCAAGAGAAGUUUUUUAUUUUUGCUCUGACACCUCAACAAGUUAGAGAGAUAUGUAUAUCCAGGGAUUUUUUGCCAGGUGGUAGGAGAGAUUACACAGUCCAAGUUCAGCUGAGACUUUGCCUGGCAGAGACGAGUUGCCCUCAAGAAGAUAACUAUCCCAAUAGUCUAUGUAUAAAAGUAAAUGGGAAGCUGUUUCCUUUGCCUGGCUACGCACCACCACCUAAAAAUGGGAUUGAACAGAAGCGCCCGGGACGCCCUUUGAAUAUUACUUCUUUGGUUAGGUUAUCUUCAGCUGUGCCAAACCAGAUUUCCAUUUCUUGGGCAUCAGAAAUUGGAAAGAAUUACUCCAUGUCUGUAUAUCUUGUACGACAGCUCACAUCAGCCAUGUUAUUGCAGAGAUUAAAAAUGAAAGGUAUUAGAAACCCUGAUCAUUCCAGAGCACUAAUUAAAGAAAAACUUACUGCAGAUCCUGAUAGUGAAAUUGCCACGACUAGCCUUCGGGUAUCCUUGAUGUGCCCUUUAGGGAAGAUGAGGCUGACAAUCCCGUGUCGUGCAGUGACUUGUACACAUCUACAGUGUUUUGAUGCUGCCCUUUAUCUGCAAAUGAAUGAGAAGAAGCCCACCUGGAUUUGUCCUGUGUGUGACAAAAAAGCUGCCUAUGAAAGUCUAAUUCUAGAUGGGCUUUUUAUGGAAAUUCUCAAUGACUGUUCUGAUGUGGAUGAGAUCAAAUUCCAAGAAGAUGGUUCUUGGUGUCCAAUGAGACCGAAGAAAGAAGCUAUGAAAGUAUCCAGCCAACCGUGUACAAAAAUAGAAAGUUCAAGUGUCCUCAGUAAGCCUUGUUCAGUAACUGUAGCCAGUGAGGCAAGCAAGAAGAAAGUGGAUGUUAUUGACCUAACGAUAGAAAGCUCUUCUGAUGAAGAGGAAGACCCUCCUGCCAAAAGGAAAUGCAUCUUUAUGUCAGAAACACAAAGCAGCCCAACCAAAGGGGUUCUCAUGUAUCAGCCAUCUUCUGUAAGGGUGCCCAGUGUGACUUCGGUUGAUCCUGCUGCUAUUCCGCCUUCAUUAACAGACUACUCAGUACCAUUCCACCACACGCCAAUAUCAAGCAUGUCAUCAGAUUUGCCAGGUUUGGAUUUUCUUUCCCUUAUUCCAGUUGAUCCCCAGCAGUACUGUCCUCCUAUGUUUUUGGAUAGUCUCACCUCACCCUUAACAGCAAGCAGUACGUCUGUCACCACCACCAGCCCCCAUGAAAGCAGUACUCAUGUUAGUUCCUCCAGCAGCAGGAGUGAGACAGGGGUCAUAACCAGCAGUGGAAGUAACAUUCCUGACAUCAUCUCAUUGGACUAAAGGAGGACUUACUCGAUUCUAGGAAUCAUCAAAACUGCUCUUUCUUGGAUCUCUGGUCCGUGGAAACUAUUUUUUUGGUAACAAUUACUUUGAUAUUUAUUGAAACGUCAAAUGGAUUCUUUUGCUUUCUGAGAGAUGAACACAGAUGACUACAGCAAGAACCAAAUGACAUGCAAGGAUUUUUCUUAUUCAUGCUGUACUCUGAACGUCAGAUACUUUCACCCAUAACUGUAUCUUCUUAAGAGGUGGAUUUCAAGUUCAUAUGUUACUGGAUGGAUUCUACAAGUUAAAAUUUUUUUGUUGUAAUAAACAGCAAUAAAGUUAUGUAAAUAUUCAAGUAAACUUUAAUAUUCAAGUAAACUUUUUUCUAAUUAAAAAAAGAUGUAAUCAGUGAUUCUAAAAUGAUAGCAACUUCUGUUUUAACCUGAUGUGAAGGAAAAAUAUAUGGAAAGAAGUAUGUUUGUUGAAUGGGUCCUUUCCACGGAGAUUUGUUCUGUUUUGUUGAAGUAAUGAAAUCUUGAUAUGUGGCCAAAGCUUGGGUUCCACUUUUCUUCUUGAUUCCAUCAAAGAAAAUGGCCUUUGUGUUAAGCAUUUUUCCCUGGUUGUCAUUUACACUUUGACGUUGUUUGCUAAUGAAUGCAGAGUGAAGUUCUGGGAUUUGGCUGCUCUUUAUUAGUGAUGACGUUGAAGAACACUAUGCAGUUUCUGCCCUGACAUAAUGUGUAUUAUAUUUGGUAAUUGUACAUUCUCAUUCUAGAGAUUUCUGUAAAUUUGGGGCUUGCCUUCUCAUAAAAGAAGUUCUAUGCAGCCGUUGAAUGAAAUGUUUUUGGAGUAAGGUGUGACUGAGAUGUUCCUUAGAAUUUUGUUUGCACUGUCCAAAAUAUUGAGAGAUGGAGGCAAUGGAAGAACAGAUUUAGGGGAGGUGGGAAUAACAAAGUUUAGUUUCUUCCUAAGAACUUCUUUUGCUCAUUUAUUUUAAAGAAUAAUAUACAAGUCUUAGUUGAAACUUUUCAGAUUUUAGUAACAUUGACAAAAUACAUUUUAGAUCUCUGAUCAUAUUUCUCAAUUUCUGCCUCACAGUAAUGAUCUUCAAACUUAAAGAAAAAACAAACAAUAGCAAGGGGUGGAGACAGCAUCACAUUUCUUUUUCUUUUUUUAAAAGGAAGUCUUUCCUGAACCCACGAAAGACAAAACAGAAAUAGAAAAUGUUUGCAUUUAAGUAAGGAAAGGUUGAGGAGGAUGGGCCUGAAGCCCAUUUUGAAAACCACUCUGUUCCUUGAUUUUAAAUCCCUCAGGAAACUGAGUUUUACCCUUAGAGAAACAUUUUCGCCCAAAUUUUGUAUUUUCCUUUGCUUCAUUUGGCUUCCUAAAUAAUUUUUGAGUUCUCAAGAAGUUAAUACUUCCUUAAUGUCUAGCUGUCUCUCCCUAAGCCGUGUCUACUUUAAAAACAAAACCUUUUUUCUAAAUGACUGAUUUCUCAAACUGAAGUGCCCGCAUGAAGACUCUACCAAUUUCAGUUAGAAUCGGGACUCCUUGCUUCAGGGUUGCUGCACCUCCAGGGGGCUGACUCGUCACUGCUUAAGUUUUUUAUGCCUUCUCAAGUUUUCAUGGCCUCUGUGCUCCCUUUGUGUCAAUUUAACUUUGUGAUUUUCUACAUCAUCCCCUUGACGCAUUUAUCCCUUUUGGAGAGCUGCUGAUUAUUAAAACGUGGAAAACCAACCUGAAUCUUCUCACAGUAGUUAGACCAUAGUUUUACCUUUUUAGUCAUUAGAUUUCCAGUUCAUGUUACAGACCUUUGGUCCAGGAGAUAAAGAAUUUCUUCCUAGUAAAAUUUUAUGUUGCUGCUCUAAAUACAGAUGCAAUUUCAGUUAACUCUGUAAUCAGAUAGAAAAAGUAACCUGAUUUGUGUGGUAUAAUUUGUUAAUAAAGAAAUGGUGUAUAUUUAUCAUUUUGUUACCCUUUAGAUUCUCAGAGACUCCCCCCCCCCCCAGUUUAACCAACAGAGUUUUAUAAGGUAAAUGAAAAUAUUAAUAGAAAUUAGUUUACUUACUUGGUUUUUGUAACUAGUAUGUCUGUGCUUUUAUAGUUGUGCUUUGUUUCCUUUUCACUAUUCUGUGUGAACCGUUUUAGUGUUCAUUUUUGGUGCUUUACACUGAAAUUACAUGUAAGUUUUUAAUUUAUCUCAUAGAGGUUACUAACAUUUUAAAAACGACAUUUUUCAGUUUAUAAUCUUAAAAUUGGGGCUUAUGUUGUAUAUGUAUCUUUGAAAGUGAGUACUUUUCUUUAUGGCUUUGACCUUAGGAUAACAGCAUGAGUAUUAAGCCAUUAUCCUUUUUUUAGUACGGUCACUAAAUAUUUUUACCAAGAUCCUCACUUUUUAGCAGUUUAUUUUACUAGCCCAUAUUUCUACUUAAUCAGGUAUAAUGCAGUUUCAGGAGGAGGUCAUCUUAACUGUUAUUUAGAUGUCAGCGAACGGGUGAUUAUAUGGAAUAUCUUGUUUAAGGAAAGGAACUGCAGUUACUAGUCUCUUAUAAACGCUUAGCCAACCCAGAUUUUCAUCUUUAUUCAUAUGGAAAUAUUGAGGGCUUUUCUUGCUUUGGUAACUCAACAAUGUAAUUGGUGCUGAAUAUAGCUUUACCCCUACAGUCUGCUUACAUUCACUAACGUUCUGGCCCUUAGGUGAGCCACUUUAGGAUUUUAUUUCCAUUUCUGCCCAGAAGGUAUAAAUAUUUGGCAUCUAUCAUAGGAUAAUUAUAAACUCCAAAUGAAACAGUAGAGGUAAAUUUAGGUUAUGGAGCAUUUAUCUGAUAAUGUGUUUCAGGAAAGCUAGAAUGAAAAUACCAUGGUUAGGUGACAGAUAGUCUAAAUAAGUUGAUCCGUAACUUUUGGUAUAAAACAAGUUUCCCUAGGUUAGAAUCUUAAGAAAUUUGAAGAAAGGUAAAAUGUUGGAUUUUAGGUGAAGUGGUGUUCAACAGAGACUGUGCUGACUUUGAGAUUGAGACCUUUCAGACAUUCUGGGUUCGGACCAGUCCUGGACACUUGUCAUUUAGUAACCAAGUUGUCUGUUUUUCUUCUGCCAAUAAAGUAUUCAUGAGUUACAUUUUGUCUUUUUAAGUAAAGUCAGUUUUUACAAAGCAUUAGUUUAAUUCUCAGGUAUACCUUUCAUUUCUCUCCAGCCCCCAAGUGGUAUAUAAAAAAAAAGGCACUUCACUGUUUCUUUUUUUCUUUUAGUAAGCACUUUUAUUUUCCUAAUUUUUUUGUCUUGGAAAAUGUAGAAUGGUAUGCCAUUUAAACUUGGGUCUCACAUUGUAUUUUCUGGCCCUGGAUCCAUGUGGUGUGGCAGCUUGGAGUUGUGAUUUAGAUCAAUGAUUGAUGAUUCAACCUGAGUCACCAUCUUUUCUGCUACAAUUCUACAUGAAUAUGGUGAAACUUGUGGAAAAGAAUUUAAGAAUUUCUCUGCCUUUUUAAGAGUCUGAUCCACCUGUCAAGUAAAUGACUGGUUUAUAAGCCACCUUUUUUUGUUAUUAGGAACGACACUCCAAUUCCUAGUAGAAACAAAUAAAGCUAUGUAAAAAUGCCCAUUCUUCUUUGAUGCUUGCCUGAUUCAGUAAUGUUUUUUGUUUAUGUCAGUAAAACAUGCUCAUUGUGGAAAAUUUAGAUAAUACAGAAAAGUAUAAAGAAAAAUAAUUGCCUCUAAUUCUAUCACACAGGGAAAAAAACCACUUUAAUAUUUUUGCAUAUUUCUUGCCAGUCUCUGCUACUUGUGCGAGUUUUUACACAGUUUCAUUCAUUUUCAGUAUAAUUUGUAUCUUGAGUUUUUUCCCUCAAUUUAUAGGCAUUAUUCCAUGUCAUUACAAACUAUGUCAGCCUUUAUUAAUUACAUUAUGUUCCAUUUUUAUGGAUGUGCUGUGCUUUGUGUCAUCUUUCCGCAUUGGACAUUUUAGAUUGCAUCUCAUAUUGUUACAGUGAAUGUCUUUGUGCAUAAAUUGUUUCCUUAGGAUAAAUUCCUAGAGGUGGAAUUUUUGGGUCAAGGGUAUGAACACUUUUGUAGUUCUUGAUUCAUACCACUUGUCCAAGUGGUUUUACUAAUUUAUAAUCCAACAAUUUGGUAUAAGAACAACGGUCUGACCAUAUUUUCAUAGAAUAUGCACCAUUUAUUUCUAUGCAGGCAUCUGCACUAAAGACCCUCUGCCCUGCUGACCCUGGUGAGCUGGGCUGGUUUGGAGAUAAUUGGCAGAGAUUUUCCUGGGCUGUCUCACUUUCAAAUAUCUACCUGACAUGUUCCAGAAACUUCUACAUAUGGAUAGCUAAAUGAUUUUUCAUAUAGUUUUACUUGCACUGUGAAGUAGCCCAUCGUCAGACUACAUUUUCCAUUUUUAGUUAGAAAAUCUUGACCCCUUUUUUUUUUUAAACCAUUUGUGCCUAGGGCUAGCCCUUAGUAGCCAGCUCUCUUUUUUUUCCUCUUCCUGUAGGCUCCAUUUUGGCCUUUCUGAGCUCCCCAAAGCCAGUAGGAUCUCGUGAGCCAAAGGCAGUCCAACCCAAACUGGAAAAGUGGUAAGGCUAAAACAACAAAAGCAGGGCCAAGCUUUGCCUGUUUCUGUUGGUAUUCUUCUCUUUCCAGUCAGAUCUUGGUGUUCUAAGGGCAGCUGUGGGGAAAGAAACACAGACUGCUGUCUUCAGAUGUUCAAGGUGCUAUUUUCUUGAUUGGCAUACCACAGUCAUUAUUUCCCAGACUGCUUUUUAUUUCUGAAUGGCUUUUAAAGCUUCCUUUAUUUUGUGUUGUCUAAGCUUAACUAUUUCAAGUGAAGAAGAAUGUUGCUGUGCUAUAAAAUAGAAUAUGCCUCAUUUUGGCCUUCAUCAAACUACUCCAGAGAUACUCAGUAUGUUUUGUAAGUGAAUGUGGGAUGGAGUAUUAUAAAAGAUCUGGUCCCAGACUUCAAAGGGCUUAUAAUCAAGUUUUCAAAAAUCAAGAAUUCUUCCCUAUUAACAGUCAUUGUGCUAAGAACUUUACAAAAAUGUCUCAUUCGUUAUGACAGCCUGUCAAAGGAAAGUGGUAUUGUCCCAGUUUUACAAAUGAAGAAACAGAUAAGUUUCACAGUGGACUUGAGAGUCUGAAAACAGACCUACCUGAAAAGCUCUCUGACUUAACAGAAGUUUAAACUAAAGAGGAGACUGAUAUGGGAAUCUCGACAUAAAAUGAUGAGAACUGAUUUCAGCUCAUGGCCACAGGAAUAAGGAAGGAGUGAAUAUUGGAGCCAUUUCAAAGGAAGACUGAAGAUUCAGUGUUUGAAUGGAUAUAGGAGUAAGGGCUGAGUCCAUUUCUCAAGCCUGGGUAACCAGGAUAUAAUGGUGCUGUUUACAGAGACAGGAGGCAGUUAGGAUAGAGGUUAGUCAUUUAGUGAAGACAGUAAAGAGUUUGAUGUUAAGCAGAAAGGAAGUGUCCAUGAAGCUCAUCCUUGUUUUUCUGCUGUCUUUCAAGAAAUGCAAAAUUCCCUUGUUCUCCAUUUUAACCUUCACUUGUCUCCUUUCUGUAUAGUUUAGCCACUCCCAGUUGCCCACCCUCCGUCUCUCCUCCCAAAACCAUGCUCCACUACCCCUCAACCUUUUCUUUUGAUUUUUCUCUUCACUGCCUUGCCAUAACAAAUUUGGCUGUUACCUGAAGUCCUGCCAUACCCUCAGCUCCCACCAGUGAGCUGUGUCCACAUUCCACAUAUCUCAAGAGGUGGUAGUGCCCUUUCUCUCUAUUGUAAUUUCUAAAUAAUUUCUCCUGACAGGAGGGUAUUACUGUCAGCUGCCUCUGCUCUUAUCAAGUAACCUGUUGAUCACCCCCUUUGAUUUGCGAAGGCUUCACUUUGUGACUCACAGCGUUCCUUACCAUCUCUAAUUCUGUAGCUGUUCUCAACAUCUUCAACAUUCUCAUGGAUGACCCAUCUAACAGUCUAGCCUGUGCGAUUUUUGGUUACCUCACCAACAUUUUCUUCCACUGAAACUCCCUACCACUGUCUCACCGCUUCUGUUUUCUCUAUACUGCCUGUCCCACUUAACACUGCUCCUUCAUUAUCACAGCCUUAAACAUGUCCUCCAAGUCACCUGUCACCCUCUUGACCUAAUAUCAUGUGGUUCUUUGGCCUAUUCUCAUCAAUUAUUACAAAUAUUCCCACUCCUUUUCAAAUCACACCCUUCUCAGCAGGUAAUCUUGCUUCCUAAUUCAAUCAGAAGAUUGAGUACAUCAGCGUGAUUUCUCUCCACCUAUGCCCACCUUCAUCCUUCCUCCUUAAUUCCAGUCUCAGAGGCUGAGGUGGGCCUUUGACUCCUGUUUCCUCCUGUCAUCUUCAAGACGUUCCUCCACCACACUUUUCCUCUUUCCUCCACGUCUUUCACCUCUCUACUGCUGCUUUUGGCUUACAGUCUCAGUCGUCAAAUAUUUGAGAUCCUAUUACAUGCCAGGCAUUUUAUCAGGCACUCGGAACACAAGAUAGAUUGCUAUAUACCUCCACCAAAGUUGUACUCCAGGAGAAUAUACAAAUGAGUAAAAGAGGGAGAUUACAAUGCAGUGGUAAAAGGUGAAGUACAGGGUGCGACAGGAACACAGAUGAGGCAACUAACAGAUUUCAUGGAAGUAACAUAAAAGUAGGAACAUGAGUGUUGAUUGGAAGUUUGUCAAAGUGAGGACUGAAAAUGUUCAGAAUAGCUGGAAAUUUGCUAAGGAAUAGUAAGAGAACUAUAUAAGAGAUCAUGAAGGGCCCUGUAAAGCAGUGAGAGGCAUUGAAGAGUUUUCAUGAUCAUUAACAGUAAUGAGCAUUUGUUGAGUUUGGUAUGAGUAUUUCCAUUUUACAAAUGAGGAAGCAGAUUCUGAGAGGGUAAGUGACUUGCUUAAGGUCAUGCAGUUUGUAAGUGGGGAGCCAGGCUUCAAUCUCAGCUUUUAACUGCUUUCUCAGAGAGGCCUUCUCUGAUCAUUCUAUCUAAAAAGUAGUGUUUCCUAACUAUCCUGAUCACAUCGCCCAGUUUAUAUCCUAUAUGGCACUUAUUACAACCUGUGUUUAUUUUAUGUAUUGGUUCACUAUGUAUUGUCUGUCUCCUCUACUAGAUUGUAAGCUCCACGAGGGCAGGGGUGAUCUUACUUCACUUGCAUCCCAGAGCCUGACAUGGUGUGUGGUGCAUAGUAGGUGCUCAAUAAAUACUUGUGAACAAA